AUGCAUCACACUGCUCCGUGCUUCACAGACGAUGUGUGCUUUGAUCAGGAGCUGCUCCAAGCCUUCUCCAGACUCUUUUCUUCCCGUCAUUCUGACGAUUUGAGGUUGCAAAAAUUCUUGGAAAUUCACAAAACCAACAUUAAGGAGAAAGUUGAACUGAUUUUUGAGGUCAAGGAAGAAAAUGAAGCACAUCUCAAGGAUGUUUACAUAGAACUCUUCAUCACAGAGGGAGAAAUUGAAGAUGUCAAUCAGGAACAUGAGAUUCUGAAGAUUGAUGAUGCUUUCAAGAACAAAAAAACACAGAACAAACCAAUAAAAUGCAAUGCUAUAUUUACUGAACUGAGGAAAAAUAAUGAGAAAAAGAUUGUGCUGACCAAGGGCAUCGCUGGCAUUGGGAAAACUGUCUCUGUGCACAAGUUCAUCCUGGACUGGGCAGAAGGAAAAGCCAAUGAGGAUAUACACUGUGUGUUCCUGCUUCCAUUCCGAGAGAUCAACGUGCUUAAAGACAAAGAGGUCAAUCUCCAUGAGUUUCUACAGGUAUUUUAUCCUGAACUAAAAGAAUUGGAAAAAUUAAACGUGUUUGAGAAAUAUAAAGUGGCAUUUAUAUUUGAUGGACUUGAUGAGAGUCGCCUGCCUUUGGAUUUUGUAAGCGGAAUUCUGUCGUCUGUUGAGGAAAGAUCAUCUGUAGAUGUGCUGUUCACAAGUCUGGUCAAAGGGAAGCUGCUUCCAUCAGCUCUCGUCUGGGUGACCUCGCGACCAGCAGCAGCCAAUGAGAUCCCGCCUCAGUAUGUGGGUUUGUUCACAGAGGUGCGAGGAUUCACUGACCAGCAGAAGGAGGAGUACUUCAGAAAGAGAAUCACAGAUGAGACUCAAGCCUCCAGAAUCAUCUCACACAUUAAGACGAAUCGUAGUCUCUACAUCAUGUGCCACAUUCCUGUGUUCUGCUGGAUCACGGCCACUGUUCUUCGGAAAUUUCUCAAGAACAGUGCAGAGAACAUCAGCACAACACUCACUGAAAUGUACAUCCACUUCCUGCUGAUACAGAUGGACAUGAAGAACCAGAAGUACGAUGGAAAAGCAGAAAGACAGCGUACAAAGCUGUUACAUUCAAACAGAGAGAUGAUUUUGAUGUUAGCCAAGCUAGCAUUUGAACAGCUGAAGAAAGAAAACAUUGUGUUUAAUGAGGAAGAUCUGGAAGAAUGUGGUAUUGAUGCGAGUGAAGACACUCAGUUCACAGGAAUGAUCGCUGAGUUCUUUAAGAAGGAGGAUGGAAUACAUGAGACGAAGGUCUUCUACUUUGUGCAUCUGAGUGUUCAAGAGUUCCUUGCUGCAGUGCAUGUCUAUUUCUGCUACCUGAACAAGAACAUGCAGGAGCUUCAGUUUUUCUUUGAGACGCCAAAAAAAAACAUCACAUUGCAGGAGCUUCUGCAUAAGGCUGUUAAUAAAGCAAUGCAGAGUAAGAGAGGACAUCUGGACCUGUUCCUGCGGUUUCUGAUGGGUAUUACGCUGGAAUACAGUCAGAGCCUGCUCAAAGGCCUGCUCACACACACUGAAGACACCACAGAGAGCAUCAGAAAAAUAUGUGCACACAUUAAACAAUUACUAAAAGAGGAUAUCUCAGAUGAAGCUUCAGUGAACCUAUAUUACUGCUUGCUUGAGCUCAAAGAUCAUUCAUUACUUGAGGAAGUCCAGAAGUACCUAAGUUCAGAUCCACAUUCAGAAAGAAAACUCUCAUCUUCAAUGUGCACAGUGCUGAUCUACAUACUGCUGAUGUCCGAGAAGGUGCUGGACGAGUUCAACCCAAAGAGGUUCACGUCAUCAGAUUGGAACUACACAAGACUCGUUCCAGCUGUGAGAUGCUGCAGAACAGCCCUAUUUGACGACUGUGUUCUUGAUGAAACAAGUUGUGACACUGUGUCUUCAGCUCUCCAAGCAUCAAACUGCCAUUUGAGAGAGCUGGACCUGAGUAGAAAUCACCUGAAGGAUUCAGGA